GGAAGCCUACUUUCCUCUGGGGUUUCUCCGUAAGGACGAAGACGGACCAAGGAAGGCUGUUAAUUAAUUAUACUUCCUGAAGGGCAGUCGAAGUUAGUUAAUGCAUUGCAUUCUUUGUUAGCUAUUAAAGAUGCUAAUGUGUUGUUCAAGUUUAGCGAGGUGUGUUCAACCGCACAGACGCAGAUGCUCGAGCCAUCACCCAGUCACACUUUUUCGACGGAUCAAAAAGUGGAAAUGAGCAGCGAGAAGACACGUAUAAAAGUCGGGGUCUUCGCCGGCGAGGGAAACACUUGCACUUCACCCGCCGAAGAUUGAUCCAGUCGAUUCCCCAGGAAACUAAGAGAUGCACCGCGCUGUGAUCCUGUUCAUGGGCUGCCUGGUCGCCGCCUCGCUACUCUUGCCGGCGGCGGAGGCGAGGCCGCAGGUUCACUCGUACGACGUCGCCAGAGUCAAUGCUGAAGUUUUCGAGGAACAGGACGAGGUGGAGGAGUUCGAACGCGGAGGAAAUUACGUCGAGAUCCAGGAGAGCGUGGCGGAGGACGGCGCGUCUCCCACGGGCGCCGCCGGGAGCAUCGCCCUCGAAGUCCUCGACGAAGUGGGAGACGCCCUCGGCUCCAGGGGGGGUGCCCUGCGCAGGAUGGAGGCGCUGCUCGAGGCCUCCAGGGGCGUCUACGGCAGAUGAGGCUUUUUCCCGGGCUGGCUUGGGGAAGGGCGGAGGGAGGAAGGUGUGCGUGCUGUGUUAUAAGUUUUAUUUAACUGGAACUUCUGUUUGUGAUGAAACGAUACACAUACACUCACACAGGAACACACACACACACACACACACACACGCACGCGCGCGCGAACACGUGGACACACAUUUUAACAGUAAACAAAAACAUUGAAGAUGCUUUAAGUUCUUGAUGUGCUCGACCUGCGAUUUUCUACUGUAAACAAUAGUGUUAUUUUUCAUAAAUAAAGUGGACAAAAAUAA